AUUUUGAGUACGCUUAGUCAACCAUUGACUUUGUACGUGAACAGUUCUCGAUGAAAGCGACUUGUGUGAUUUUGGUUCCUCUUUUGGUAUGGGGAGGAUUGGCGUUUCCACAAAGAGAUGCGGGUUCUCUGUUGAACAGUGUCUUUGGAGGAGGUAGGCCUAGUUCACUGGGAGAGGUCAAACCAGAUGAGAUAAGUAAGAGCAUUCAAGACAUCUUAAAGAAUAAGGGAGGCUUGGGAUCGGACGACUUGGAAAAGAUUGGCGACGACAUUUUUUCUUUGGUGGAGACAGUCAAGAAACAGAAGCAAAAGGAACAAGCCGAGGAACAGGGGAAUCGCUUGAGACCCGAUUCCAAACUAAGCAAUGAAAAUGAUGCCGACAAGGAAAACAAACUGAAAGAAGUCUUGGACGCUUGGGGAGUGGAUGAUAUUUUGGAUGCAGCUCGGGAAGUGGCCAGUGGUAUUAAGGAAAAGGCUUGCGUGGAUGAUGGGAACAAGCCUAAAUGCACCGAGGAUCAAGAUCCAACCAAGGAUGGUUGCGUCUCUCCAUUGUGUCUUUUGCCGGAUGAGGACUUUUCAAAAUGUGCUGCCUUGAGCAAAGGAGAUCACCGAACCUUAUUGGGGCCUGCCAUCAUGUCUCUAUUGGGUAUUGGCCGAUCAAAACCCGAGGAAGUGGCAGAGGAUGCCAUCCAGGAAUUGGGUUUGGAUUCCGAUCUAGGGGACGCCGUAGAAAAAGUCUUUACGGGUGGUCAAAUUAGUGAGGACGAAAAGAAUAAGGCCAUUGACGCUCUAUUCGAAGAGGUCCAAACCGAUUGCCAAGAAAGAGUCCCGGAGGAAGCUGAGUCCUGUUCGGUCAACCAGAUCGACAUCUUAAAGAGGAUCAAGAGUAAGUUCAGCAUUGUUCGGAAGCAUUGUAAGAACUUUGCAGAGGAGUGUUCCACUGACGAGACAGAACAAAUGAAAGAACUCUUGAGCAAAGUCAGGGACCAGAUUCGAAGUGGAGAAUUGAGUCUCAAAGACCUUGCGGCAGAUUUUCCUCGUUGUUGUCCCAGGGAGCCAAAAGAUGAGGAAGCCAUUGAGGUAGCUACAGACGAGGUUAUUGAGGAUGAGGAUCGAACAGUGCCUUGUUGUAGGCCUAGUUUCUGUGAAUUGGAUCGCGACAGCUUUGGAAAGUUUGUCCAACAACAAGUGGAAGUGGGUAAGAACAUCACAAAUGGGGACAGACCAACCUUUGCCGUCAAUGUCAAACGAAAGAUCACCGCCAUUAUUCAUCGCUUUGGAGAGGGGAAAGAUGAUCAAGACAAACGAGAGGUUGGCUUGAGAUUGGCCGAAGAGCUCGGAUUCAAUAAAGAAGAAGCUGAAGAUCUGGUCGAGGAGCUGGAGUCGUCUUCCGAGCUGAAAUCUGACCGUUCUAUCUUGGGCGAUGCCUUCCAGAAACUCCAGGAAGAAUGUUCCAUCGAAGCACCCACGGGAGAUAAGGUAGCUUUGUGCACCAACCAGGACUUACAGACGGACAAGGCCUUGAAUCAGUUUAAGGCCAAAUUUGGACAAGCUUGUGGCAAAGACAGCAAAGCUAAGACUUGCACAAAUAACGAGGCCAGGAAUUUGGAAGAUAAAUUGGUCAUCUUAAAAGAUCUCUUGGCCAACAAUUUGAGAGAUGAUGAGGCCUUAGAAGGAGGAAUCAUGUUCCAAGAUGAAGAGCUAUGCUUCGACGAAGAAGUUUGCGAACAAGUGAAGGAAAAUAUUCGACGAGAAAAGGUCAAGUUCUGUCGACCUCCUAGAUGCGGCAUCCAGGAUUUUGAGCAAUUUGCCAAGUUAAUGCGAUCUCAAUUCCAAGGUAACGACGCCGCCAAGAAGUUCCCAUUUUUGGUUCUGAAUGCAUUGCAGAACAGAUGCUUCAAAGGCACCAUCGAGAAUAGCGAGAUCGAAGAUGUGGCCAAAGAAGCCGACCUCACUCGAUAUGAGGAGACGACACUGAAGGACGUUUGUCAAUCGGACAAAGCUGACGGUGAGUUCACCGACGAUGAGAAGGAUGUUCUAAAACGAGUCCUGGAGAGGGCCCAAAAGGAGUGUAAAGGCCUGGAUGAGUUGUCCAACGAAUGCCAAGACACCGACCUCAAGCGAUUGGAUCUUCGUUCCAAACUGAUGGAAAUUUGCGAAAAGAAUACAAAUGAGUGUGGUGCCAAAGAAGAGGUGGAAGAGACCAAAAAGGUUGAGAAGGCCAAUGCUCAAAUUGCAUCGGAAAUCAGUUCAGGCUUUGUCGACCUUCCUGGCGAUAACGAGCAGGAGAAGCCCCUACUGGACCAAGAUCUAUCUUGUCGGCCAAAGAUCUGCGACAAAAUGAAGGCCAAGAUCCAGGAUGAAUUGGUCUUCAAUAGGAACACAUCUUGCGUCCCAAUGGCUUGUCGGAUUCCCACGGAUCAAGCUCACAGGUUGGCCAGUCGGGUCCGCCAAAAGGCCAAGGAAAUGAAACAAUCAAAAGGCCAAGCAGGUUCGGCUAUUGGUGGAGGAUGCGGAUCUGGAGCCACGACCAUACUAGUCCGAGAGGCUAUUCAGAAUGAGAUCGAGGAAUUGAGGAAGGCCAAUGAGGAACGGAAGAAGAACCGUGGCGUGUUCACCUUCUAUCAAUUGAAGGGAAAUGAUGAAUGCUCAAAUUCCAAGGAGAAAGAUCCGGGCUUUGACACCUUAUCAGGAAAGGCUAAGGUUGACACUCUUUGUGUAACCGAGGGUGAGUAUAUCAAAAUCUGUUUCUUCGAUCUGGACAACACCGGUCAAGGUUUUUGGAACCAGAUGGAAUUACAAUGCUCUCUCCAAGCCACAAAGAUCUAACGCUCGUUUCGUUCACUAUCAUUCUAACAAUUGGCACCGAAUAAAUCUGAUCAUUAGCAAUGGAAAUAA